UAACACUUGAAGCUUACCCAAAUACAUUUAAAAAAAAAUACAUAUCGAACACACAUAACUUAUUAAAUGUGGUGGAGAUCGGCUUCUUUCGUUCUCGACAGACAGCAACAUCAAAACGACGGUGUUGCGCCAAAUCCGGAAUCCGUCCUUCUCUCAUCUCCUUCUAUGGCUGAUUCUUCCCUAAACCCUGAAUCUAACGUUUCUGCCUAUUACCAGACCCGUGCCGCCCACAACGCCGUUGUUACGAGCGAUUGGCUCGCUCAGGCCCAGGCGGCUGUCGGUCGCCAUACCGACGACUGUGAUUUGCUGGGAAGUGAUGGGAGAGAUGCCCCGAUUGGUGGGAAGGGAGAAGGAAGCGGGAAGGCAUUUAGUGUUAUUGAUGAGUUCAAAAGCUGGAGGAAACAGCCUGACUUGGCGGAGGCCGUGGCGGCUAUUCGCGCCCUUUCGGCUGCUAUUAGGAAAAGUGGCGCUACCACUAUGAUGGAGCUUGAAAUUGAGCUUAAAAAGGCUUCGGAUUCGCUUAAAUCAUGGGAUGCAACUUCAAUCUCUUUGACAGCUGGUUGUGAUCUCUUCAUGCGAUAUGUAACAAGAACAUCAGCGUUAGAGUAUGAGGAUUUUAAUUCAGCAAAGUCUCGCCUGAUUGAACGUGCAGAGAAGUUUGGGGAAAUAUCUUGUAAGGCACGCAGGAUUAUUGCAAUGCUAAGUCAAGAUUUUAUUUUUGAUGGUUGUACCAUUUUGGUACACGGUUUCUCUAGAGUUGUUCUAGAAGUAUUGAAGACAGCAGCGGCAAACAAGAAAGUCUUUCGAGUUCUCUGCACAGAGGGAAUUCCAGACAGAACCGGAUUACGGUUUUCUAAUGAGCUGGCCAAGCUUGAUGUUCCUGUAAAGCUUCUAAUUGACUGUGCUGUGGCGUACACUAUGGAUGAGGUGGACAUGGUAUUUGUCGGAGCUGAUGGAGUGGUUGAAAGUGGGGGUAUCAUAAACAUGAUGGGUACAUUCCAGAUUGCAUUGGUGGCACAUAGCAUGAACAAGCCCUUUUAUGUGGCUGCAGAAAGCUACAAGUUUGCGCGACACUAUCCGUUGGAUCAGAAGGAUAUGGCUCCUGCCCUACGCCCUAUUGAUUUUGGGGUACCAAUCCCAACCAAGGUAGAGGUAGAAACAUCGGCUCGAGAUUACACUCCUCCUCAAUAUCUUAGUCUACUCUUUACAGAUUUGGGUGUGCUGACUCCAUCCGUGAUUAGUGAUGAGCUCAUUCAGCUUUAUUUGUAGGCACGCUUCAAUGUAAGUUUGUUUAAUUCAGUUCAGCUAUAUUUUUAGGAU